GGUCUCAGUAUCUCAUUUGCGACAAACCACCCACAAAACAAAGCAAAAGUGAUAUAAAUAUACGAUUAAAUAGUCAACAAAUUUUAUGUUAUCACAUCGACAUUGUGAGCAUAUAAAUGUCAGCAGACAAAUGUAUUACAAAAAAGAGUUUGUUAUUACACGACGACAAUGAAACAAAUUCCAAGUUUCAAACUGCAAAUGAAUCUGUUUAUCCCUUUUAAAACCACUCAACGUGAACACGUUGUCAUUUUGCCAUAAUCAGUAGCCGAACUAAAUGAGUGAGAUGAAAACAGUAGCAACAACAAUAACGCCGUACAACAGUAGCAUUUAAAAAAAAACGGUAUUAUUAAACCAGAUAAUAGUUGCACAGUAAAAACUAAAUUAUAGCGUGCCGGAACGAACAAAGCCAAAUUAACGAACAAAAGUCACAGAAACGCGUGACACUGUCCCGUAAAUUGACAAAAAAAAAAUUAAUAAAUAAUAAUAAAAGAGACAGAAAAAGAGAGAGAUGAAAACCAAGCUACAAAAUAUUUCGAAAUCAUCGUGUAACCAUUCAGUGUUCAUGAGGUAGAAUGAGAAUUCGCACACACAGCAUUCAGUUGUGAAAUAUCAGUCGAUUGAACUGAAAUCGCGAAAUAAAAAAAAAAAUCUGUAAAUGAGAUAAAGAGUGAUAUUCGAAAGAAGAAACGUGCACAAUACAAAAUAACAGACAGAUAGACAGGCCGUCAGACAGCCGUAUGUCGAUAGAAUAAAAUAAAAAUUCAUAUUCAAAACAAUUUGCGAGUUGAAUGAUUGUGGUGCAUAGUGAAAUACGGUGUAAGUGCGUUUUAUGUUGAUUAAAAGCGAUGAUUUAUCAACGAUGGUAUAAAAUGUGGUGGUAUGCGUUCACAUUUGCGGUGGUCAUGCCAUUAUGGUUGGCAUUGAUAAAUAGUGUAGUAAAUGGUGAUGCUGAUGUGGUCGAAGUUGAUAUUGAAAGUGGUCGAAUUCGUGGAAAACGUAGUUUAACCCUUUACAAUGAAAAACCGUACUAUUCAUUUCGUGGCAUUCCAUAUGCUCAUCCACCAACAAAAGAUUUACGUUUCAAGGCACCAAAAAAAGUCGCACACUGGAUUGAUCCGCGUGAUGCAUUCGACUUUUCCAACGAUUGUACGCAAUUCAAUUUUCAAACGAAUGAGGUUUUUGGUAACGAAGAUUGUUUGUACCUUAAUGUGUACGCACCAGUAGAAGCCAUUGAACAGGCAAACGAUGGUAAUUUCUCAGUGAUUGUAUAUGUCAUGGGAGAAGCAUUUCAAUCAGGCAGCGCACAACAUUAUGGACCCGAUUUUUUUAUUGAAAAAGAUGUGAUCGUCGUAACAUUCAACUAUCGCUUGGGACCGAUUGGUUUCAUGUCGUUGAAUUUACCGGAUUAUGCCGGCAAUAUGGGCCACAAAGACCAAGUACUCGCACUCAAAUGGGUCGACAAAAAUAUUAUACAAUUUGGCGGCGGUGGAAAAACAACGCUCUUAGGACAUGAUUCAGGUGCGAUAAGUGUAAGCUUGCAUAUGAUUUCACCAGCAUCAGUGGGAUUAUUUGAGAAUGCGAUUAUGUUGAGCGGUUCAGCGCUCAAUCCAUCAAUACCCAGAGUUAAAGAUCACUUGACACUUUUAUACAAUUUGGCCGAAAGUCUUCAUUAUCCCGUCGAUAAUAAUCGAGAUCUAUUGGAAUUUUUACGCCAAAUUGAUGGAAAACUGUUAACAAAACGCACCCAUCAAGAUUUUAGCAAUCCUGGAUUCGGUCGUCGAAUGGCCAAUUUAAUUUGGGCUACUGCCGUUGAACAUCCGCAUGCGGUUGAUAAAUUCAUUGACAAAACACCAUUUGACAUUCUCACUGAUGACAAUUACAAAACUAAUGUGAACGCAUUAUUUGGUUGCACGUUCGAGGAAAUGUACGGCGAAUUCAUUGAAGAGCUCAAAAAUCCGGCCUUGUUGAAGCCGUUUGAUGAAAUAUUCGAGUUACAGUUACCGCUACGAAAUGCCAAACUUAAAUUUCAUUCGAAGGAAUACAAAGAAAUGUCGACAAAAGUGCGAGAAUUGUAUUUUAAAGGGAAUCGCGUUGACAAUGACACAAUAACCGGAUUUCAACAGUUGAUGACCGACGUUUGGUUCUUAUACGGUAUUGACUUAAAUGCACGCAUACACGCCAACAGAACGACAGGACACACAUACUUUUCAACAUUUUCCGUGAAGAGUGACUGGAAUUUAAGUAGUCGUAAAGGCCGGAAAUUUGCAUUCAACUUCAAUUUUUCUAAUCAUUUUGAUCAGCUGCCAUAUUUAUUCCGAUUGAGUGGCCAACAUUUACUUCCGGAAUCAUCGUAUGAAAAUCUUGCCGAAGAUUCCUUCGAACGCAAAAUAAUCGAUAAAUUGACCGAUUUUUAUGCAAACUUUGCAAAGUUUUCAAAUCCAUUGCCGGAUGCCAAUCCAAAUUUAUUCCAAAAACGAAAUGCAACCGAUGUCGAUCCAUACCAUUAUUUAGAUAUAACAAAUCAUGGUAUUAUUGCAAAAAUCAAUCCGAAUCGAAAGCGCAUCGAAUUUUGGAAUGACAUAUUCGAAAAGUAUAGUGUACAUUGGCAAACGCGUGAAUUUAAUUUGAAUUCGUUGGCUGUAAAAAUUCCAUUGCUAUUGCUUGCAUCAUUGUUAAGCGCAAUAUUUUGUUGCAAAGGGAUCAGCAUGUGCUUGAAGAAAAAUCGAAAAUCAAUGACUGUUCAUUCGCAUUGAGUGAAUGAAUGAAAACCAAAGACAUCUAUCCCAUAUACAGAAACACACAUACGCAGAGACACGCAGCGGGAACAGACACAUUUAGUCAAAAAAAAAUACUAAUUAAGUAGGCACGAUGAAUUAGAAUAGAAAUGAAUCUGAGUUGUUUUAUUUUCAAGAUGAGUGAAGAGUAUCAAUUGUGUAUCGGUGACACAUCAAGUCAAACGCUAUUGUUAUUCCGGUUGUCUAUCGAUGAUAUAAUUGCAGUGCAAAGUGACAACAAUCUUAGCCUCUCACAUUUUAAUUUGAUAGACAAUUAGCAUUGUUUUUAUUAUAGAUAAUUAGUCAAUACAUGUAUAAUGAAUAAAGAAAAAUGAACACACAAGCACGCACUA